UGUGUUGGUUAUCCCUGAAUUUCCCCUUCAAUCAAUCUUUCUCUCUCUACUUUGUGUGUGUAUAUAUAAUGAGAUAACAUUAGGCUCCAUAUUCUUCUUCUUCUUUCUUUCUUCUUCUGGCUUUUAGAAGAAUAAUACAUCUGUUUCUUCUUCUUGUAAUCAAAUUCCGCUUUAUUCUAAUUCAUGGGUGUUAAAAGGAAGAUGUUUUGGGGUAUAAUUCUUGUUUUUUUGUUUUAAUUUUCGUUUUACAGGACUCAUCUAUGCAACCCAAUUGAGAAGAACCAAAAGGGUUUUUUUUUUUUUUGUUUUUCACUUGUGUACGGCGGAACUGACAAAUUCUCUGUAAACGCCGCCGACACCGCUGCCGCCGCCGCCGCUUUUGAUUACGAUGGCGACGUACUAUCACGGUGGUUCAGAAAUCCAAGCCAAUUCUGACGGAACUCACACUCUUUACCUUAUGAACCCAAACUACGUACCUUACUCUGACACCCACUCUCAAACGCCACCCAAUAUGCUCUUUCUCAACCCUUCUGGACACGCGCUUAACCCUUCCACUCUCCCACACGCGCCGCCUUCUAACAACCACUUCGUCGGAAUUCCACUCUCCACCACCGACGCUCCACGUUCAUCCUACGCUUCUCAAUCCCAUCACGAAAUCUCAGCCCUUCAUCCUAUGCCAUCUCAGCGUCUCCACUACAAUCUAUGGGCUCCUAUGGAUCAACAAACCCACCACGGAAUCUCCACCGUGUCGCCCACCACCGACUCUACCGAUUUGUGCUUCCGCCGUCCGACGACACAACAGGGUUUGUCCUUGAGCCUCUCUUCCCAACAGUCUCUUUACCGGACGCUAUCAGCGGAACAGGAGAUUCAAGGAGGCGGCGGCGCUCCGGCAAUCUCGCCGACGAGUGGGGAUGAUAUUCGGGUGUCGGGAAAUUCGCCGACGUCGGUGUCGGUGGUGUCAAGUGGAAUUACGGGGGUUCAAAGUGUGAUAUUGGGAUCCAAAUACUUGAAAGCGGCACAAGAACUUUUGGAUGAAGUGGUUAAUGUUGGGAAAGGAAAUUAUAAAACCGACAAAGGGGAUGGGACAAAGGACAAGAUGAAGAUGAAGAAAGAAUCAACGGCUGCGAUUGGCGGAGAGCCCUCCGGCGGUGGUGAAACCACUUCCAAGCCCGCCGCCGAGCUUAGCACUGCUCAAAGACAGGACCUUCAGAUGAAGAAAGCUAAGCUUAUUGGAAUGCUUGAUGAGGUGGAGCAAAAGUACAGACAGUACCACCAGCAAAUGCAAGCAGUGGUGAAUUGCUUCGAGCAGGCGGCAGGGUUGGGGUCAGCCAAGUCCUACGCCUCCCUCGCGCUCGAAACCAUUUCAAAGCAAUUCCGGUGCUUAAAAGACGCAAUAUGUGCACAAAUUAAAGCCACAGGCAAAAGCUUGGGCGAAGAGGAUUGGUUGGGUGCCAAAAUUGAAGGGUCAAGAUUGAGAUACGUGGACCAUCAUCUACGCCAACAAAGAGCUUUACAACAAUUGGGUAUGAUUCAACACAACACUUGGAGACCCCAAAGAGGCUUGCCCGAACGGGCUGUUUCUGUUCUUCGUGCUUGGCUCUUCGAGCAUUUCCUUCACCCGUAUCCAAAGGAUUCAGACAAGAUUAUCCUCGCAAAACAAACAGGACUAACAAGGAGCCAAGUAUCUAAUUGGUUCAUAAAUGCAAGAGUUCGUCUAUGGAAGCCAAUGGUUGAGGAAAUGUACUUGGAGGAAAUCAAGGAACAAGAACAAAACGGGGAUUCCCACGACAUGCUUAGAACCAACAAAAACGAACCCAACAAGCAACAUGGCGGCGGAGGCGGCGGCGGCGGCGGAGGAGGAGAUCAGAUUAAUAACAACAAUAUUAAGGAUGAUCAUGCACAGUCCAAGACAGAAAAUUUGAUGAACAAUCAAAACAAUAUCCAUGCAAGUCCCAAGAAACAAAGAACAACGACCGUCGCAAACAACAACCUGGAAACCCCAUCCACAAAAACCAUGCUUUUAAGGGAUAUCGACACAACAAAACACCUUCUUCAAACCACGGCAGAGAUGAACAUGAAUCAUCAUCAUUAUCAUGGGGGAGGGGGAGGAUUUGGUGCAUACCCAGUUGGUGAAAUUGGAACAAGGUUCAAUUCCGAGCUCCUCACACCAAGAUUCCAUGGAAAUGGCGUCUCUCUUACUCUUGGCCUUCCACAUUCGGACACCCAACACAAUUACCACUUGGGGAGAAGGCUUGAUAUCACCAAUGGAGGAGGGCCCGAUUUCUCCGACAUCAACCCCGCUCCACCCCCGCCCCCGCCGCCUCAUUCUGCCUCGACCGCCUACGACCAUGUCGAAAUGCAAACCACGAAAAGGUUCGCCGCCCAAUUAUUGCCUGAUUUUGUGGCUUGACGACAGUGCAGCUGAUGGAUUGAAUGAAUGAAUGAGAGUGGAAAUAUAAAAUCAUACUUGUCAGUAUAGGACCAUAUAAUUUAUAUGUGUAUGUAUUAUUUAUAUACUUCAUCCCGAACUUAAUUUGUAUUAUAUAUAAAUUUUCACACACAUUUCCACCAAUAAUUAAGUAGAUUUGAAGAACAAA